ACUUGCUUGUAAUUAGGAAAAACUGCAACAAAAACCAAAAAUGUUUCCCAAUGUGCUACUUGCAAUAACCACCGCGGUCGCAGGCGCCAGUGCGGCACCCAUACACCAAGGCAUGAUAAACGACCCUCUGGUGUUCAUCUCGAACCCUAUAGAAUCCGAGUUUCCUGGACACUGGAUCCCCAAGAGUAUCCUCAAAAGAAUUUUAAAGAGACCAAACAAUCCAUCUACAAAGCAACCGUUGAAAGCUACAAAACUACGACUGAGAGCAACAAAAUCCAAAAUCUUACCCAGAACUAAGCGUGCUACUACUCGCGUCAUUACCACUAAAAAACGAACAACUAAGGAACCUACAACUGAAGUACAAACAACCAUUCCCGAAACAACAACCCGUAUAACAACAACAUCAACGACUACAACACCAACAACGACUACAACACCAACAACUACUACAACACCAACAACGACUACAACACCAACAACUACUACAACACCAACAACGACUACAACACCAACAACGACUACAACACCAACAACGACUACAACACCAACAACGACUACAACUACAACCACAACACCUACCACGUCACUAACAACAACACCAGCUACCACGCCAACAACAACAGAACCAACAACAACACCGACCACAACGUCGCAAACAACUACGUCUACCACACCACCGACCACAACGUCGCAAACAACAACAUCAACAACUACGUCUACAACACCACCGACCACAACGUCGCAAACAACAACACCAACCACUACGCCAACAACAACAACAAAACCAACAACAAUGAACCCAACAACUACAAAACCAACCACAACAAAACCAACAACAACAAAACGAGGGAUAAGACGAUCAACAACAGUAACCGUGAUAACUACGCAGGGUGACAUUUCUAACGCUAUAAAUGGAUAA